AUGAGCGCCUGGCGGGAGGCCCAGGGGGGCGACGGAGGCGCCGGCCCCCCGGGACGGGAGCCCCCCGGGACGGGGGACCCCGGGCAGCUGCUCCAGCAGCGGCGCCUCAAGCAAGCCACACGCUUCCUGCACAAGGACUCGGCCGACUUCCUCCCCCUGGACCCCCUCCGAAGGAUGGGCACCUCCAAAGACCUGCAGCCACACUGUGUGCUUCAGAGACGUCUGGUGGAGGGGCUCCAGAGCGCGCUUCCGGGGGCGUCCCCUCCGGGGCAGGCCAUGACCGAGACCCAGGGCCAAGAAGCCAGCAAGAAGCCUGGAGGGACAGAGACGCCCGCCCUGCUGGUGAGCUGCACGACAUGGAGCGCCCCGAGUUGAGCCUGGGGCUGCGAACCCUGCUUCCCCUCAAGUGCUGCACUGACCUGGAGCGCGGGGUGCUGCGGGGCGCCCCCUCGCUCCCUCCACGGAGCUGCCCUUCCGACCAAGAGCCACGACC